AUGGCCUCCUUAGGAGCGACCCCAGGCAGGACGCCGCAGGGACCUAGGCCCGGGGCAACCUCAGCUGGCUUGCCAGUGUCUACCCCAGUGCUGGCUCCUGGGGAAGUGGAGGACGAAGAGGAAGAGCUAGCAGAGAUCCAUUUAUGUGUGCUGUGGAAUUCAGGAUACUUGGGCAUUGCCUACUAUGACACUAGUGACUCCACCAUCCAUUUCAUGCCAGAUGCUCCAGACCAUGAAACCCUUAAGCUUCUCCAGAGAGUUCUGGAUGAAGUCAGUCCCCGGUCUGUUGUUACAAGUGCCAAACAGGAUGAGACUAUGACUCGGUUUCUGGGGAAACUUGCCUUCCAGGAGCAUGCAGAGCCUAAGAGACCUGAAAUUGUAUUUUUGCCAAGUGUGGAUUUUGGUCUGGAGAUAAGUAAGCAGCGCCUACUCUCUGGGAAUUACUCUUUCAUCCCUGACUCCAUGACUGCCACUGAGAAAAUCCUCUUCCUUUCUUCCAUUAUUCCCUUUGACUGCCUCCUUACGGUUCGAGCACUUGGAGGGCUGCUCAAGUUCCUGGGUCGAAGAAGAAUUGGUGUUGAACUGGAAGACUAUAAUGUCAGCGUUCCCAUCCUGGGCUUUAAGAAAUUUGUGUUAACCCAUCUGGUCAGCAUAGAUCAAGACACUUACAGUGUUCUGCAGAUAUUUAAGAGUGAGUCGCACCCUUCUGUGUACAAAGUGGCCACUGGAUUGAAGGAGGGUCUCAGCCUUUUUGGAAUCCUCAACAGAUGUCGCUGUAAGUGGGGAGAAAAGCUGCUCAGACUAUGGUUCACACGUCCAACUCAGGACCUGGGAGAACUAAAUUCCCGUCUGGACGUCAUUCAGUUUUUUCUGCUACCCCAGAAUCUGGACAUGGCUCAGAUGCUGCAUCGGUUGCUGGGUCACAUCAAGAAUGUGCCUUUGAUUCUGAAGCGCAUGAAGUUGUCCCACACCAAAGUCAGCGACUGGCAGGUUCUGUACAAGACUGUGUACAGUGCCCUGGGACUGAGGGAUGCCUGCCGCUCCCUGCCUCAGUCCAUCCAGCUUUUUCGAGACAUUGCCCAGGAAUUUUCUGAUGAUUUGCACCACAUCGCCAGCCUCAUUGGGAAAGUGGUGGAUUUUGAGGGCAGCCUUGCUGAAAACCGCUUCACUGUGCUCCCCAACAUAGAUCCUGAAAUUGACGAGAAAAAACGAAAGCUGAUGGGACUUCCCAGUUUCCUCACAGAGGUCGCUCUGAAGGAGCUGGAGACUCUAGACGACCGCAUUCCUUCGUGCAGUGUCAUCUACAUCCCUCUGAUUGGUUUCCUUCUUUCUAUUCCCCGCCUGCCUUUCAUGGUGGAGGCCAGUGACUUUGAGAUUGAGGGCCUGGACUUCAUGUUUCUGUCAGAGGAGAAGCUGCACUAUCGUAGUGCUCGAACCAAGGAGCUGGAUGCUUUGCUGGGGGACCUCCACUGUGAAAUCCGGGACCAGGAGACCCUGUUGAUGUACCAGCUGCAGUGCCAGGUGCUGACACGGGCAGCUGUGUUGACCCGGGUGUUGGACCUUGCCUCCCGCCUGGAUGUCCUGCUAGCUUUUGCCAGUGCUGCCCGGGACUAUGGCUACUCGAGGCCCCACUACUCCUCCAGACUCCUUGGAGUGCGAAUCCAGAAUGGCAGACAUCCUCUGAUGGAACUCUGUGCACGAACCUUUGUGCCCAACUCUGCAGAAUGUGGUGGGGACAGUGGGAGGGUCAAAGUCAUCACUGGACCCAACUCCUCAGGAAAAAGCAUAUACCUCAAACAGGUAGGCUUGAUCACGUUCAUGGCACUGGUGGGCAGCUUUGUGCCAGCAGAGGAGGCCGAAAUUGGAGCAGUAGAUGCCAUCUUCACCCGAAUCCAUAGCUGUGAAUCCAUCUCCCUUGGCCUCUCCACCUUCAUGAUCGACCUCAACCAGGUGGCUAAAGCGGUGAACAAUGCCACUGAGCAGUCUCUAGUCCUUAUCGAUGAAUUUGGAAAGGGAACCAACACGGUGGAUGGGCUUGCACUUCUGGCUGCAGUGCUGCGACACUGGCUGUCACUUGGACCCAUGUGCCCACAGAUCUUUGUGGCCACCAACUUUCUAAGCCUUGUUCAGUUACAGCUGCUGCCGCAAGGGCCCCUCAUUAAGUAUUUGACCAUGGAGACAUGUGAGGAUGGGAAUGACCUUGUCUUCUUCUACCAGAUUUGUGAAGGUGUUGCCAAUGCUAGCCAUGCCUCCCACACAGCUGCCCAGGCUGGGCUUCCUGACAAACUCAUUGCUCGUGGCAAGGAGGUCUCAGACUUAAUUCGCAGUGGAAAGCCUAUCAAGCCUAUCAAAGACUUGCUAAAAGAGACUCAAAUGGAAAAUUGCCAGACCUUGGUGGGUAAGUUUCUGAAACUGGAUUUGGAAGACCCCAACCUGGACUUGGACAUUUUCAUGAGUCAAGAAGUACUGCCUGCAGCCACCUCCAUCCUCUGAGAGACCUUCCUCUGUGCUCCCCAAUUGCCCCAGUCUGUGUAUACUCCAUGUGCUCUUUUUGAUUCCUUUUUUCUUUCAGAGUAAGAGUUCUCGAUUUCCAUGAACAUUUUGUUAUAUAUGAAGAAUAAAGUUUGUCUUUGA